AUGCUGGCGUCCAAAGUGGCUUCAGUCGAGGCUCUCCUGAGACAGUUUCUUGACGGCUUCUCGUCGGCCCCGGGCGCUGCAAGGGAGGCGAAUCCACAAGAGCUCAUCCAACGGUCUGGACCGACUCGGUCAUUGAAUAACGAGGUACUUGCCACGGAUGGUCAUCGCAGCAGCAGUAGAUUUCACGGCUCCAUAAGUGCGGUCAACAAUGACACCACUGAAAUGCGCCGUGCCCAGCCACUGAAGAUGCAAGAACUCCUUGCCGCUGUUGAAGCAGACAUGCGCCAACCCUCUACCGACAGUGUUGCCAGUGAUGGUGAUGUCGGAGACGAAAAUGAAGCUGGAGAUGAAGAGGACGGAGACGAAGAGGACCAGCAGGAGGCGAAUGGACCGGGACCUACUUCGGAAUCUUCUACGGACAGAGACACACACCAGGACGAGCAGACAAUAGCAGCCGAGGCUGGCCAGAGAAACGAUGGUACAAGCAAGUCUGAGGACAGCUUCUACGCCGACGGGCUCGGAGAGCUGGAUGUGGACAGCCAUGGACAGCUUCGAUACAUCGGUUUGGGGUCUACGGCGCCAGUGGCAGUGGAGAACUGCAUCGGGCUGCGUCUUUUCAUCACGCAGACUCUCAAGGAAAAGGGGUUCGAGUCCGAGGACAUUUUCCUGGGUUCGCCCGAAGCGCAUCGAAUCAAGGCCCAGCAAAGUGAUGAGAUACCACCAGAGUUAGCUCUACCUUCGGUGCUUCUGCCUCCUGCAGAGCUCGUACACGUCUUACUGGCAACUUACAAGCAUCACCUGGGCGACCUUCUCCCAAUAGUUGGCGAAUCCGACAUCCGCCGCAGGUAUGACAACCUAGCGGCGAGCCCAGAGACGUGCGAUGCAGCCAAUGUGGCAGUUGUCUUCGCGGCACUGGCAGUGGCGACGCCGCUGGUGGAUUUUGAAGACGAGGCGUUUGGAGAGUUGGACACGCGAUGGCGGACUGACGACAAUGGGGCUGCCUUCUACCAGCAGGCCAUGGAAUUCGUGGACAGCCCGAUGAGCAGCACUGGUGGCGCCACAAAGGCCAGGAGCCUGGACAUGGUAAUCACGUUGAGCCUGCUGAGCGUCUACCAUGCUGAGACAUCGUCGCAGGCCGAGGCGUGGAUUAUGGUGGGCCGUGCCAUCCGUAUUGCGCAGGAUAUUGGACUCCAUCGGUCUCCAAAGCGCCUACGAUUGCCCCGGGAGGACUGGGACCAGCGGAGGAACAUAUGGUGGUGCUUGUACAUUAUUGAACGGCAACUCUGCACGGCUCUCGGCAGACCUUUGUCUAUCAACGAUGACGAUUGCGACACGGAGAUUCCGUUGUGGGACGAUGAUGGGGACAAGAUUGAGGCGAACGGGCGCAACUUGUCAGCCUUCGUCAGCAUGAUUCACUUGCACCAGAUCACUGGCAAGAUUUUACGAAUUGUCAACUCACCUGGCUGUGCAAGCUUGUGGGACGGGACGGCCGAUGACUCGAAGAAGGAGGAGCUGCGCUCUCAGGUUACCCUCGCCAACGAAGCAUUGCGGACAUGGGCGCGGGACAAGGUGCCGGAACACAUCAAGACGGCGUCUGCCGAGCAGCAAGGACCGGCGUUUGCCGAGAAGCAGGUCAUCCUGUCAUCCUUCUUCUCGGCCGUGAUGUUGCUGUACCGGGCUUUCAUGCGCAACCCGCACCGGCCGAGUCUUCUGGCUGGCUCGCAGGCGCAGUUGCGCAGCGCAAAGGCGGCGACGGACUGUAUCCGCGGCGCGCCCGAGUUCUUCCGGUGCGUCCCACGUGGCCACAUGGCCAUAUUCCAUGGGCAGUAUGUGCUCGUCAGCGCGCUGGUUCUGCUCUCGUGCGUCCGUUGGUCCGACGACCCCAAGUUCGUCUACUCAACCCUCAAAGACGUCGAGCAGGCCAUGGAUAUUUUGCAGGGGCUCGGCGGCUUCUGGAGCGGCGCCCACAAAUGCCGCGCCAGUGUUGCCGAGUACCUCGAGUUCACCUUUCGUGUUCUCAAAGGCGACCGGACUUGCCACUUUCAGUGCAGUCAUCACCACCCUCGUGGUAAGCCGUCGUCGUUGUCGUCGCCUGCCAAACGCUCGGUGGGCCAGACAGGCGUUGGGACCGGGCGCUCGAUUCGGAGCGCGAAGCGACGGCGCCACGGGCAGAUAACGAGUCCACAGAGGCCAUCGCCGUCAUCGCCAUCAUUGGCGCCACAGCCAGUCGAUCGCGAGGUCAAUGUACCCACCCAAUCUCUUCAUGAGCAGCAGUCUCACCAGUGUGAGAACCAGCAACAGCAACCAAGAGAGGCGAACCGUCGCCUCGAGUCGGUGAGCGCCAGCCCAGGUUCGGCGGGCCGCAUGUUGAUAUCGACAGGCGGCGCCGUCGAGCCCUCCCUGGCUCAGCUGCAGGACAUUACAGGGCAGCAGGCAUACUUCGACGGAGGGAUCGAGCACCUUCUUGGUGCCUUGCAUCCCAACUUCGUCAUGCUCGAGCAACAGCUGGGUGAAAGUCCGGAUGGCACCUGCAUCGAUCCUGCAAUGGGCGCCUUCCUGCAGCCAGAUUCCACAGACGAGUUCCUCCAAGGUCCAUUCUUCUAUUAG